AUUUAUUGGUCCUCUAAUAAAGACAGUGAAGAAGAAACGACUCGUUCUCUUCCGUUCUGUUCCCGGCGUUGGCAACAAGUUAGCCUAGCAGCUCGAGCGCGCGGCGUAAAGUCAGUGGUUAACGUUUUUGGCGAACUUCAGCUACGUAUAAGGUGGAUCUGAUUGUUUGGUGUUUAACAAGAAAACAUUCGAAAUGGCUGACCCUGCUCUUCACAGAGAUUGUCCUCUAGAUUGUAAGGUUUAUGUUGGAAAUCUGGGCAACAAUGGAAAUAAGACAGAAUUAGAAAGGGCUUUUGGCUACUAUGGUCCUUUAAGAAGUGUUUGGGUUGCGAGGAACCCCCCAGGUUUUGCUUUUGUUGAGUUUGAAGAUCCCAGAGAUGCAUCUGAUGCCGUAAGAGAACUGGAUGGAAGAACAAUGUGUGGCUGUCGAGUGCGUGUCGAGUUAUCAACUGGGGAAAAGCGCUCCAGGAGUCGUGGCCCUCCUCCAUCCUGGAGUAGACGCCCUCGAGAUGAUUUAAGGCGGCGAAGUCCUCCAGUUAGACGCAGAUCACCGAGGAGGAGGAGCCUCAGCCGCAGUCGCAGCAGAUCUCUCUCAAGAGACAAGCGUAGAUAUCGCUCGCUCUCCAGAGACAAGUACCGUAAGCGCUCAAGAUCCUUCUCACGAUCAAGGAGUCGUUCCCGGUCUAAUGAGAGGAAAUGAAGAUGUCAAAGGAUGGUUCAUCUGCAGGGUCCUGCUAUGGUUAUGAAAAUACAAAUUUUUAUAGUUUUUCUUUAGGUUUUUGUUGUUAGCCCAAGAAACCAGAAGGAUGGCAUGUUUGUGAAAGGUGUAUCGCUCUGUUGCUUAAACUACAAUAUACAAAUGUUUUCUUUUGACAAGUUUCCCUGUUUUGUACUUUUUAUUUUUUAAGUUACUGUUCACAUGAAACAUUUGCAUGUUCAAAAAUUAAGUACUCAGCUGAGUUUUACAUUACCAAGCUGUUGUUUUAACUGUUGAAUUAAAUGACAUUUAAUGUUU